CUAAAUUAAAAUAAAGCUAUACAAUCAUCAUACGACUUCAGAGAGGUCACAGGUCACCCAGAUAAAUACGUUGGACGACAUGUUAAUGCAUCCAGUUAAUAUUUGGGCUAUAUGGAAAGUCUUAUAGUCAAACUCUACUCACCUCUCACCAUGCAGUGGUUCUACUUUUCCUUGAUAGCUAGUGGAUUUACACUUUGCUGGAUUGGUGCACCACCCGUCACCUCUCAGAUUUUGAAUUUGGAGCCAAAUCCCACCUGUAAUUCAACCACUUGUGAAUCAUCAUCCCUCCGAUGCGAACCCGAGCAACCCGUCCCAUCCUGCAAUUCCAGUGCUGGUUGCUAUUGUCUCAAUUAUCAGUGCGAUAAUCGGCGAAACACGUGUACCUCAAAAGUAUGCGCGAAUUCUGAGCGGGCCGAAUGUGUCCUCAACAAGUAUGGAACCAGUUGCAUGUGUAUUCCGCUGGCUACUUCACCAUACUGCAACACUGGAAACACAGCAUGCAACCUGAGAGGAGUUGGUCAAGCAGAUAUCCGAUACUUUGGCGAAAUCUGCCAGGAACUUGGUCAGGAAUAUUAUGCGGAAACAUGUCGAGUAAAUGGCCAAUGCCGAUGUGCCAGUACAUCUACUUACUGCAACCUUCUCGGCUGCGGGUCGUCUCCACUCCGCUGUGGCCCUAAUCAAACUGUCCCAUCAUGCGAUCUAGCCACUGGUAAAUGUAUCUGCCCCAAGUUUCAGUGUGACAAUCUCCUCAAGAACUGCAGCUCAACGAAUUGUGGCCCACAAGGAAAACCGGAAUGUGUCCUUGAUAGGUAUGGGACCAGUUGCAAGUGCAUGCCUCUAUUGGAGCUCAACGACUUCCUCGGUGAUAUACAACCUAUUCAAUGCUGCAUUGUCCCCGGCUUAAAUCAAGUUGAUAUCGAGCACUUCGACAAUAUAUGCGAACAGCUGGGCGGGAGUUACUUUGCUGAUGGGUGUGGGACCGGGCAGUGCCGGUGCUUAAAGAGACGUGGCGGGUGUCGGACUUCUUCUGACUGCCCUUGUCCCCAAGGUUUCGAGGAUUAUUGCAUUCCUGAUCUUCAGAGAUGUGAGAGAAAUUGUCAGUGCAGAAGCGAUGAAGCAUGUUCCCAGGGUUGUCGAGCGGGUCUAGUUAGUGCUUGUAAUGGCGAAACCUGCACGCCCUGCUUUAUAAAUUGCACAUCGGUUUCCGAUUGCGCAAAUAUGACCUGUCCAACUGAUAAACCAGACAAGACAUGUACACCAUAUUCAAGUAUCUUUAUUGGCAUCAAUCCCACCAGAGUUGGCUGUUCCUGCAAUGCUGCGCGGGAAUGUAACACGCGAUGGGAUUGCCCGGAUUGCAAUGGAGAUGCGCAAAAAGCCUGCAGAACUGGUGGGACCUGUACCUGCCUAUCGAAACAUGGGUGUUUUCGGAACGGGGACUGUGACAAAGAUAAUGGAUAUGGUUGCAGCCAGCUUGGAUUAAAUCCGUCGUGCUGCUGGGUAGGAUGUGGUGGAAGAGAUUCAUUCUGCCGCUGCCGAGGGGGGUCGGGCUUAACAUGCAGCGGGGGGGAUAGUGGGACGGAGCAACUUGAUCACUGUGGAGGACAAGGUUAAAAACACCACGGGAAAAAUUUAAUUUAAUGAAAUCUGCAAUUUUCCUUUCUGAAGCUGAGUUUUAACAAAUAAAUCAAACUCUUGAUUGAUUUUAUUCACCAUCUA